AUGCCUUCCGUGGUAUCUAAGCAGGACACAUAUUAUGCCUCUCAUCACCGCAGACAAUCGUCGCGGUCACAGACAAAUCUCACAGAUCUGAGCAAAACCGCCCUGUCGCAGGUACAGUCUCCCAACGGAUCCGUGGUGCUUCUACCUUCGACGGUAUAUACACAGCCGCAGUCCGCUACUCAGCACUCUCAACCGCCGACCUUACCCUCUACCGCAGUUCCGACCGCCAGAUCCGACGGCACUGGGGGUGAAGACGCAUCCAUCGACCCAGAUGAGUUUUACAGGCAGUACCAGGAUCCCUUCACGAGUUCGCCCCCAGCUGCCCUGCAUCAAGACGCCAUUCGUACGACAGCUUUUGAUCUUGAAGGCGAGCCAUCAGCCACUAGACGAAAGUCUAGCUUCGCCUCCGGGCAAUCAAACAAUAACAAUGAUAAAGCUCCGCGCUCAGAUAGGAACUCUGUGAAUUCACGCAAAUCGUCCUUGAACGCUUUGAAUCCAGUGAAUGGGGGCUGGAACAACGACCACGCAAAGUCGUCUCGAGAUGCGACAGGUGCUUUCAGGUCGAGGAACGCAUACAUCAAGGGCAUGGUGGCACGCUUUGAUGCGUCUCCCGAAGAAAUCCCACCUUUGCCCACUCACCACGUUCUCCAUCCGCAUGUCAGAACUGCAAGUCCUUUGCCGUAUGGGUCCGUUGGAACAGCGCACCCAUAUGGAAGUGGCCUCACGCAGCCUAAGCGAACUGGAACGAAGAUGUCAGAUUUCUGGAAGGCUGGAAAUGGCUCGGCUGCGGGGAGUAGAGAUCUAAUCAAGAACGAAAAUGGCGGCGUUAGGAAUGCUAACACUGGUCGCUUGACCCAAGUCACGAGCAACCCGGAAGUGCCAGCGGGCGACCAGAAAUUGCUGUUCGGAGAAAUUCCGCAGACGGCUUCCACCUUUUCUUCAGCAGGAUAUGGUAUAUCCAAUUUCCGUCGAAGACGGGGCUCAGAGGGAUCUCCAAUGCACAGUCCGAAUGCAAUGUUUCCUGCAACUCAGGCACCUCCGACGCAUCGCGAGACCGGGUUCUCCGCUAGCUUGCCCUGGCAAUCUCGAGAACAGCCCCAUGUUGGACGGCCUCAAGCGUCUCGCGGUCAUGAGCAUAAACACCACCGGGCCAACAGCGAUUUCGCAGGGCCGCCGUCGAGAGCUUUGCUGUCAGCGACUCAAAGUCCAUCUCCAGCAGGCCUCGCCGGCGCACAGGCGUACCACGUGGAGCCUUCGGCAAAAUCAAGCGGACAAUCUCGAAUUCCGGUAAGCAGACGGCAUCAUCGUACGGCUUCCGAUUCGGCUGCGUCGUCGCCCAUCGACCGUGAGCCAAUCGCCCCCCAAUUGCCACUGCACUUACCAAAGUCCAGGCAUCCGCUGCCCGAUCCUUCCUCAUCAAAGGAUCGCAAGCCGGCUAGCCCGCGGCGUGGUGCCCGCUCACCCAUGAAGAUUAAAAGUCCAGGGAAACGAGGUAGAGAUCUUCAUGCCGCCACUGGGGAGAAGAGUGCUGCUCUCCGAGCGAACAUCAUCGCCCCUCCACCAAAGAUCUCGCCGCCCCUGAGAAGCUCGAGGCCACGGCAGCCGGUUUCUGCUGCUACUACAGCAGCCUCUCGUGCAAAGAUGGCCGCCAAAUUUGAAACAAUGGCCAAGCAGCAAAACGAGAAGAAUGCGGUCCGACGCCAGAGGCCGCCGGAGCUUACUGACAUUGAUCUGAAAGCACGACGACUCAAGAUUACUCAGGCACUGAGUCGAUCGAAAGAUGGACAAGAUCUGAAGGUUGAAGGGGACGGACCUUGCGGCAGCUCAGCUAGCCGGACCAACAGCAUAACUGCUUCCGCUGAUGAUGCUGGGGACAUCGGUCAGGAUGCUGUAGGACAUGAGAUUCCGGCCGUUGUUGUGGACGAACCAGGUAUGGACACUUCCGAGGAGCGAUCCUUUUACACCACUGGAAAUGGUCCUGCACAAGACCAACGAGCUUUCACCCUCAACGCCUUGAAAGUUGUCGAAGGCAACACUCCGCAAUCUGGUGGAGACGAGGAUUCCCCGACACUGGGCCGCGUCAAAUCAUCCCUCGAAAACAUACCCUUCUCCUUGAACACGCAAUUGCUGCCUGGACAAUCGGAGCAAGAUCCUUUCUCCGCAGUUACGGCUGGGACCGAGAGGACGGAGGCCACUGAAGUGACCAUGAUCGACAUGGAGUCGGAAAAUGAUGAGACACGACUUCAAGGUCCGGGACAAUCCUUGCUGAAUCAAAUAAGAGCCCUGCGCAGUCAUAGCUCAGAUUCACCGUUGUCAUCGACUGAUCAUGGUGACGAGGUAUCUGUCCGCCUAAUGCUUCGAGAAACAACAUACCUUGACGACGAAGAGGCUGUCGAGAAGGGCUAUCGUCCAUUUGUCCCAACGAUUGUGUCUGGGUCGAUGCGUCCCGGAGGUCAUGCGAGAAGCUCUUGGACCUCAUCCGUCGAGAAUCAGGGCGAACCUGAGGUGGGUAGGAUAUUCGCAGCUGGUGCUGAUCCGAUAGCUUCGCGAGAUCCAGGAGAGAAGGUAGCAGAUCCGGAAACUGCCUCACUGUCCGACCGUUCCAGUAUCGGUGACGACUCUGACGGAGACACGGACGCGAAUGACACUUAUACGAUAGUGAAUAUCGUUCUGCAGCAACAGACGCCUUCUGGAGUUGUCGACCAACAACUUGUAGACAACAUUUACCAUCGCAUCAUCCAGAUUUCGCCGGACCUUGCUGAUGCAGAGCAUGUGGAUGAGGGAAAAGUGAAGCGCUUAUGUUUGCAGGAGCUUGAAGCAUACGACAGUCACUGGGAUCACGCCAAAUCCUCUCACCCUCAUUCGGAGCAGAAUCUUCACUCUAAGAUAUCCGAUGGUCUCAAACGUGACAAUGGUAGCCGGAAUGGUGACAACCCCAGGAAACCGACCGAGGCUACAGAGACUCCAAGUCAUGCAGUUCAUGAUCGUCAACACCCGCCACAAAGCUAUCGAAGUCACAGGUACAAGUCCAGCUUGGAUAGUGCGGAGGACUGGACGGAGACGUCACCAUCGGUUGGAGACUGGUUACAGUUUGCUGCACAUUCACCUAUAGAAAGUCAGUCGGGACCGCAAACCACUUCUCUGAAUCAGGCAACGUACCGGACGGAGGAAGCCGAUCGAAAAGAGGCACAUUCAGAUCGAGAAGCCCAGGAACACGGCCAUGUUAGUGAGACGAGCGGUGAUCUGCCAGGAAGAGCCGACCUUGAGGUUCCAAAACCUCCUUCUCAUUCUCCCCCGCCGCCUCCGAUUGCCAAAAUGGCUUCGAUCGAUCAGUUCUCUAGGCCUCGUCCAUAUGGCAUCAUGUCACCAGGACAGGCAGCAUUGUCAGUUGCGAGACCACUUACUGCAAUGUCUCAGGUGUCUCAGGUGUCUGCAAGAUCAAGCGUGGAACAUCCAGCAAUGCCGUCUAGCUCCAGCACCACGAGGCCCUCUGUGGACGUGCAGACCCCUGAACAACGCCGUUUGACCAAACGUCGACAUGUGCUCAAAGAACUCGUCGAUACGGAGUAUACAUACGAGAGAGACAUGAGAGUGCUGUGCGACAUUUACAAACAGACUGCUGUUGCGGCCAUAAGCGACGAAGACGCCAAGAUCAUCUUUGGCAACGUGGAACAAGUGCAACAAUUCUCGAAAGACUUCCUUGGGCUUCUGAAACAGGUGGUGAAACCAGCCUAUGUGAUGGAAAAGAACGAUCGGCGGAAAGAUACUAAUCUUCGAGCGUCGACACUGCAAAGUUCGAGCGCAUCGGUCCACAGCGUGACAGAUGUAGCCGAGGCCGAGAAGGACGUGCUCACAAGGAUCGGGCAUGCAUUCGAAGCUUCGAUGGGUGAUAUGGAGAAGGUGUAUACCGAGUACAUUCGGACACGCCAUGCGGCCAACAAGAGACUGGAGGCGCUGCAGUCGUCAUCUGCGGUAAGGGAAUGGCUAAAGGAGUGCAGCGAAAAUUCGACCGAUAUCACCAAUGCUUGGAGCUUGGAUGCACUCCUAGUCAAGCCGAUUCAACGGAUCACGAAAUAUCCCUUAUUGCUGAACCAGCUCCUAGAGGCGACCCCUGAUACACACCCGGAUGCCGUUUUUCUCCGCAGAGCGACUGUUGAGGUGACUGAGAUCAAUAUGCGCAUCAACGAAGUCAAGAAGCACACUGAGCUGGUCGACCAGGUGCUCAACAGGAAGCGAAAGGAGUCGGACGUUCGCAAUGGCCUCACCAAGGCGUUUGGGCGGCGUGCCGAAAAACUGAGGCAACACGUGGGUAUCAACGGCAUGCAUGUGGACGAUGAGUAUGACGCGCUCAAGGUCAGCUACGAUAACAACGCGGCGCAGCUGUACCUGGUGGAGAAGGAUUGUGAGGGAUACAUCGACGAAGUCAAAGCGUGGAUCGGCCGAAUGUGCGAGAUUGCUGCAGCCGCCGAAGCUUGGGUCGAUGUCGGGCACACCAGCCAUCCACAAGCUGAGAGCAGGCUACGCCAGCUUGCCAUUGUCAUCCGCGGAAUCAACUCAAUAGCACUUCCCAAGCACGGUGAUGAGGUAAUGAAGCGAGUUGUGGGCCCAAUGACGGAGGCUAGACUCCUUCUGACGGCUUUUAAGAACGAUCCCAAAGGAUUGAUUCACAAACGGGAGAAGAGGCUUCUUGACUACAAUCAAUUCAAGAACAAGAAGGAACGAGGCGACAGGCUCGACAAGAAAAUGAUCGAGAGAAUGGAGCAAUGGGAAGCCCUCAACCUUGAGGCGAAAGAGAGAAUGAGACGGCUGCUCCGGUGCACGGGGGAAGUGGUGAGGCUGUGCCAGGCGACUCUUGUUGAACUUCACCUCCAUUGGUAUUCGAUAUGCAAUGAGAAGUUCUCAGCGGCCAUGGGAAUCCCUCUGAAGGAUCUCGAUCGAGUCGACAUCGUCAAGGACUGGCAGGAGGAUUUCGAUUAUCAGGAGGCCGCGGCUUUGGCCCUGAGUAUCUGCAAUGGCUCCUUGCUGGCUGAGGCGGUGAACAUGUUAUCGUUUUUGACACCGGGAUCAACACUGGCCAGUGAUGACUCCCCUCGGCAGGCAUCGUGGAACAGUGUCACGAAGAGAUCGGUCUCGGCAAAUGAAGAGGGACACAUGUUCUCGCUUGCAGAACAAUAUCACCGCAACAGUGGAGGGCCGCUCAGUUCCCAGACGGACGACCCCAGUGAUCGGAGUUCCUUCACAUUUGCCAGCGGUCGAUUCCGUGCGGCAUCCGGGGCAUCCGGGAGGGUACCAAAGACCCCAGAGACAGGUCAUCGCGGAUUGCCGGCGUCCAUCCAUACCGUCAACAGCACCAAUAUCUCUCGACCUGGGACCAGCCGUGGCCAGUCGGAAGACUAUCCCCGGUCAACCCCCCGGCUAAGUUUAGAAGCACCGUCGCCGUCCCUUUCUCUUGGUCCUUUAGUCGCAGACUCCCCCACAGCCGUCAAGCACGCAUCCACCUCUACCUUCUAUUCAGCGACUCUUGGGCCGAGUCAGUCCCAGCCCAAUCUACCGCUGACACGUGGAGGAGGCGCUCUCUCUUUCUCUCCUGAACUCCCGAGGGAUCACGACGAGGACGAGGGAGGACAGCGGGAAGUCGAUCUCCAAUCAGAACCAGGGGUGUUGUUUACCGCAGCCAGCGUCUAUGAGUUCAACAUUGACCGAUCGAGACAACAAGGCGGAUUCCGCUAUCUGACCUACGUCACAGGGGAAAUAUUUGACGUGAUCGCCGAGCAAGGAGAACUCUGGCUAGCCAUUAAUCAAGACGACGCGACCAGAGAGAUUGGCUGGAUCUGGAACAAACAUUUCACGAAACUCACUGACUAG